AGUCCUUUCCAUUCGGAACUCUGUAUGUGCUAUAAACUCGAGAGUAAACCCGAAGAACAUUGCGGAUUCCAAACAAAAGCACAUGUGGGUCAAAGUUGAAGCUGGAAUAUUCGGCGGUGGUAUCGGAUUACACUUCUGUAGAGAACCAAGAAAAUCUGGUUGCCACAUCAUCGUUUCUGGAGAGCCGGGUGAACGAGCAAUGAAUUGAGGAGACUGUCUUUCACAGGAACUGUACAAAUUUCACAGGAACUGUACAAAUUUUCAAAAUGGAUAUGUUGAAGCGUUAUAAUUUCUUUAUCGAUGUUCUUAUCUUUACUUGUGGUAUAUAUUCCGUGGCUUCUCUGGAAGAUAACGAGUUGAAGCUGAUUACAAUAGGGACAGAUGUUACUGAUGGACUAAGAAGAUACCUCAGAUCAAUCAACAAGUAUGACUUGGAUGCAGAGGUCUUUGGAAUUGGCAUGGAUUGGAAGGGAGGGGAUGUAGCCAAUUCUGCUGGCGGGGGUCACAAAGUCAACAUCCUUAAAAAAGAGCUGGAGAAAUACAAGGACCAAGAAAACCUCAUUCUCAUGUUCACAGACAGCUAUGAUGUUGUCCUUACUGCUGGCAAGCUGGACAUUCUGGAGAAGUUUAAGAAGUUCAAUGCAAGGGUUGUAUUUUCUGCUGAGGGAUUUUGCUGGCCUGAUCCAUCAUUGGCUGCCUCAUAUCCUGAAGUCAAAUCUAAAGAGAAACGUUUCCUUAAUUCAGGAGGUUACAUUGGUUAUGCAAAAGACCUGUAUGAGAUAAUCACACAUCGCAGCAUUAAGGAUACUGAUGACGACCAACUCUAUUUCACAAACAUUUUUCUGGAUGAGACACUCAGGAAAAAAUGGAACAUAAAACUUGACGUUAAAUCAGAGCUUUUCCAAAAUAUGCAUGGGGCUCAAGGUGAUGUCACAAUUAAGUUCAAAAGUGACCACAGCUAUGCAUACAAUGUCAUAACUGGAACUACUCCAGUUGUGGUACAUGGAAAUGGACCCAUCAAGCCUGAAUUCAACAGAUUUGCCAACUACCUAGCAGAUGGAUGGACAACUCAAAAUGGCUGUCAGGCUUGCAAGGAAGAGACAAUAUCUAUCAGGGAGUUGAAGGAUGAUGAAUUCCCUACAGUCCUAGUUUCACUGUUCUUUGAGCAGCCGACACCAUUUGCAGAGGACUUCUUGGAGAGAAUAGCUAACCUGAAAUAUCCAAAAUCUCGAAUAGACCUAUUCAUUCACAAUAAGGUGGAAUUCCACAACAAGGAUAUUGCGUCUUUCCUUGAGAAAUACAAUGACAUGUAUAGGUCUGCAACCAUCUUGAUGCCAUCUGAUGGAAUUUAUGAAGCUGCUGCCAGGAACUGGGCAGUGGAAGUAUGUAAACAGAAGAACGACCAGUAUUUGUUUUCUGUGGAUGUUUAUGCUCAAAUCACAGACCCCGAGACCUUGAUCGAUCUAAUAGAACAAAACAGAACUGUUCUGGCACCAAUAUUGUCUCGCCCUUACAAAUUAUGGUCCAAUUUUUGGGGAGCUGUCAACAAAGAUGGAUGGUAUGCCAGGUCUGAAGACUACAUAGAUAUUGUGGAGAAGAAAAAAAUUGGACUGUGGAAUGUUCCAUACAUCACUGGAGCCUACCUUAUCCAUGGAUCUCUAAUGGAAGAACUGAGAGACAUUUAUUCUGCAGAAAAUGUUGAACCUGAUAUGGCUUUCUGUGGAGGUCUCAGGAAAAGGGGUAUAUUUAUGUAUGCCACAAACAGAAAAAUCCUUGGCCAUCUUGUGGAUUAUGACAACAUGGAUACCUCUCAUCUUCAUAAUGAUCUUUAUCAGAUUGUACAAAACCCUUAUGAUUGGAAACUGAAGUACAUUCAUGAAAAUUAUUCCCAGAGCUUGGAAUUGAACAGGACUCUUGUUCAGCCCUGUCCUGAUGUGUUCUGGUUCCCCAUUGUGAGCACCAAGUUCUGUGACAGUCUGGUGGAGGAGAUGGAACACCUAAACCAGUGGUCAGGGGGCAGGCAUGAGGAUCCCAGACUGGCUGGAGGCUAUGAAAAUGUUCCAACUGUAGACACUCAUAUGAGGCAAAUCGGAAUGGAGGAACAUUGGUUACAUUUUCUAAAGGUUUAUGUCUCUCCUCUACAAGAGCGAGCAUUUGAAGGAUACCAUAGUGAUCCUCCUAGAGCGAUAAUGAACUUUGUUGUGCGGUACCGUCCAAACGAACAAGACAGAUUACGCCCACACCAUGAUUCCUCCACCUUCACCAUUAACAUCGCCCUCAACACACCCAUGAAAGAUUUUGAGGGAGGAGGUUGUCGCUUUUUAAGGUACAAUUGCAGCGUGACGGCAACACGUAAAGGUUGGAUGUUGAUGCACCCGGGACGACUCACUCAUUUCCACGAGGGCCUCGUGACGACCAAAGGAACACGAUAUAUCAUGAUUUCAUUUGUAGAUCCUUAAGAACGAACAUAAAAUUCUUAGCUUUCUGCAAAGUUCAUCUAUAUAUUUUUAUACAGUAUUUUGAUGAAACUAAUUUUAAAGUUUCCUCAAAAUAAGCAUGUACAAUAAUAUUGAAUUUUAAGAUAUGAGUGAUUUAUUUUACAUUAAUACAAGGAUCUGUUUUAAAGGUUUACAAGGAGAUAUACGGAUAGGCUUAUUUGUGCGCUCUGACAUAAGAGACAAGGGGAUACAAGGAAAUUGGGACCUGGCCUAAGUUUUUGUGAUACUAGUCAAUUUUUACCUAAAUAUUUCAUUGUCUGAUUGGAAGUCUGGUGUUUAUGCAUGUUAAUGGUUCUACACAAGUGUCAUAUGUGGAUUAUAUUGGAUUUUGCAAUUCAUAUGAAUUGAUGCUGCAUAGGGAAAUUAUACACGCUUUAAAAAGAAUGAAUGUUUUUCUAUGCAGUUUAUCUUGCAAUAUAUACAUGUAUGCCUGCUUUUUAAAACCAAUAGAUCUUCUAUUAAGUAGUUGCUUUUAAUGAUUUUUAAUUGCAUAUACAUUUGCUAUAUGGUGCUUAAUUGAAGAAAUUUCGAUGUAUUGAGUUAAAGCAUGUAAUAACACAUUUGAAGUUUUACAAUGCUUUUAAUUACUGAUAGAUGGGGGAUUAUAUAGUGGUAAGAAAUCUUUUAAUUGACAUGCUUUUUAUCAGAAAAUGGUUGUGUUUCAUUACUAUUGCCUGUGUGAUAUGGUAUUUAAUCACAUUUUAGAAAGACACUGUUUUCUAAAGAGACUUAACUUUUUUUAAUUUAGGCAUACAAACAUGCAACAAGUCUUUAAAUUACUGUGAAAUCUAGUCAAUUCGUUGUGUCAUAAUCAAUUGAUGAUUUUUUUUCUCUUCCUUGUGAAUGUCGCAAGUCCCAUAAAGAGCAUGCUCUUCUCGUUUGGUAAUUAAGAGAAAGAAAGGUAUACAUGUAUCUUCUUACAUCAUUGAGAAUGAAGAAUGUACAUCAUUUGUUUUUGUGACAUGUAAAACUUUAGAAUGUUUUACAGGCUUAUUCUAAUCUUGUGUAACAGAAAGCUUGCUAGAGUAGAAUUUCAUGUAUUAAAUGUUAUGAUUUGACACACUUUACUGAAUGUUUGUUCACUUGAAAUGUAGAAUCUCAAAUUGUGAUAAUCUCUGAUUUGUCUUUCAAGUUUUUUAAGCACACAACAAAUAAAAGCUGAAGGGAAAAAAA